AUGGAAUACCCAAGCAAGAUAUGGAAGCACGGAGGAGCCACUCUAGCCAACAAUCUACUAAUGCUAAUUAAGCAAGCGUGGAAAAAAGGCACUGUGCCUCAGGAAUGGAAAAAUGCUAAUAUUGUGACCAUUUACAAAAAGGGAGACCGGACUCUCUGUGGUAACUACAGAGGGAUCUCACUACUAUCGAUUGCUGGGAAAGCAUUCGCGAGAAUACUCCUCAAUAGACUAAAUGCCCACAUAACACCAGAAGUUGUGCCGGAGUCACAAUGUGGAUUCCGCAGCAACCGAAGCACUGUAGACAUGAUCUUCUGCCUCCGCCAACUGCAGGAAAAGUGUAUAGAACACAACAGACCUCUCUAUGUUGUCUUUGUCAAUUUCACCAAAGCAUUCGACACUGUUGGAAGGACUGGGUUAUGGCAGCUCCUCAAGAAGUAUGGAUGCCCUGAGAAGUUCACAAAAAUGAUAAAGUCACUGCACACGGGUAUGACUGCCAAGGUCAAAGAAGCUGCAAAGACAAAGACAACACAGAUCCUCGCAAGAGAACUUCUCUUUGUGGAUGACAGCGCACUAGUUGCUCAUACACCAGAGCAAAUGCAGCGGGUACUAGAUGCAUUUUCAUCUGCAUCAAAGAGAUUUGGACUACAAAUUAACAUAAAGAAGACUGAAGUACUAUUCCAACCCAGCUCAACACAUAUAGUUGAAGAGGAUAUCUUGGUGGAUGGAACGGCUCUGAACAGAGUGGCUGACUUUACCUAUCUUGGCAGCACUAUAUCAGAUGAUGCACAUAUAGACCAAGAGAAAAGCUGGACACUUUAUAGAAGCCAAGUCAAGAAGCUUCAUACAUUCAUGAUGAGACACCUACAACAGAUCAUGAGAAGUAAUUGGCAAGACAGAGUGACCAACAAAGAGAUUCUCCAUCGAGCAGACCUGCCAUCUAUGGAGGACCUGCUCAUCAGAAAGAACCUGCGAUGGACUGGUCACAUCAUCAGGAUGCCCACUGACAGGUUACCCAGACAAUUACUCUUCUCACAGCUCCCAGUGGGUGAAAGAAAGAUAGGUCGCCCACGACUCCGCUACAAGGAUACUAUCAAGCGGAACCUCAAAAAGAGGGAAAUAAACAUCAAGACAUGGACAACACUAGCAUACCAGCGAGCUAAAUGGAGAUCAGCUGUGAAGUAA